GAAGAAGUACUACUUUUGUAGUUGUAAGUAACUUCUACAGAACACUGCCAGCUCGUUCAGACGCUUUUUAGACAAAUAUCGCUAAUCUAUUCGUCUAUAUAUAUAUGGAAAGCUCUCAGCUUGUUUCUGAUAUUCCGAUUUGUUCUUGAUCUCUUCUGUGCGGCUCUGGAGUCAGUUUUAUAGAUCAAUAUGAAGAAGUCGACUUCUAUAUAUGUAAUGAUAGAGCCUAAGAUCAGGCCGAGAACAAUGAGAUGCACAUUCCUUUCCGCUCUAGUUUUGAUUUGUUCAGCUUUAUUGAUCGUAGGAAGUGCAUUUUUAGUCACAGAAUAUAAAGAGAGGUUUUCGCCUUGGGGAUGGGUUGAAGCUGUGCAGAGUGUUAGAAUCGAAGUUGAUGCUAUGCAGAGUACAAGAUCUAAGAUGUUUGAGACUCAAUGCAAGCACCAAGGAAGUGAACUACUACCCAAGGGAAUCGUUUCCAAGACUUCUGACUUGGAAAUGCGACCACUAGGGGAGCCCCUGGAUAAAAAGAACUCAAAGUCAUUCGCGAACUUGUUGGCCAUUGCAGUUGGCAUAAAGCAAAAGGAAAGUGUGAAUAAAAUUGUAAAGAAGUUUCUUCCACAUGAUUUCAUCGUGAUGCUUUUCCAUUAUGAUGGCAAUGUGAAUGAUUGGAAAGAUUUAGACUGGAGCAAUCAUGCCAUACAUGUUUCCGCAAUUAAUCAAACUAAGUGGUGGUUUGCCAAGCGUUUCUUACAUCCUGAUAUUGUGUCUAACUAUGCCUACAUCUUCCUCUGGGAUGAAGAUCUUGGAGUUGACCAUUUUCAUGUUGGAAGGUAUCUAAGACUUAUUAAAGAAGAAGGGCUUGAGAUAUCACAGCCAGCUCUUGAUCCUAAUGUAUCAGAGGUUCAUCAUCAUCUCACAGCAAGAGACAGAACAUCAAAAGUACACAGGAGGACAUACAAGUUGAUUGGAAGAACACAGUGUGAUGAAAACAGCAUAGAUCCUCCAUGCACAGGAUGGGUGGAAAUGAUGGCUCCUGUUUUCUCAAAAGCAUCCUGGCAAUGUGCUUGGCAUAUGAUUCAGAAUGACUUAGUUCAUGCAUGGGGCUUGGAUUUUCAGCUUGGUUACUGUGUUCAGGGUGAUCGGUCUAAGAAUAUUGGAAUAGUUGAUUCCGAGUACAUUGUACAUUAUGGUCUUCCUACAUUGGGGGCUUCAGUGUCAAACAAGAAAAUUGUUGGGAGACCUAAUCGAGCUUUUCAAAAUAUGAGCGUGCAUGGUGCAGGACAAUUGGCCACAUCAUUGUUGCAUCAAUCUGGUGGUAGAGCUGCGGUGAGGUACAGGUCAUAUGUUGAAUUGGAGAUCUUCAAGAACAAAUGGAAAAAAGCAGUGAAGGAGGAUGAUUGCUGGAGUGAUCCGUAUAAGAAGCCACUGCAACAAAGCAAAGUCUAAUAUGUAUUUUUAGAAGUUGGUCCAUCUCUUCAUAUUAAGAAGUUGAUUGCCAUACACAUGGUGAUACAUCCAUUGAUCUAAAAUAGGGAGAAGAGUAUAGUAGAGCUCCCAAAUAUAUACAAUGCCUUUCUUCUUUACUGACCAAAUACAAACAAUACUUAGAAUUUGCUGAUAUGAUAGAUAUUGAUGCUUAGACCUUGGUCAUUAUUUUGUAACAAUACUAUCAUUAUUUGUGAGAAUUUGAUUAUUGAAUACACAAAUUUUCUUCAAGAUAGUAAGAAGGAAAACUGAA